CCAUCUAUAAAUUAAUAUCUCUAUCCAUUUCAACCCAUUCAUCCACUUCUUCUUCCAACCUUACUUUAUCCUUUCCUUCCAUCACCCUACAUUAUGACUUCCCUUUCAAACAAACCUCUCUUCAACCAAUUCCUUUCAUCUCUACUCUUCUUCCACCUUCUUCUCAUCGUGCUCCAUUUCAUUUCCUCAUCCACUGCUCCUGUUUCCUCCCUAUCUUCACCUUUUGCUCACUCUAGCAGUAAGGUUAAGAUAGAAGAGGAAACAAAGGAGGCGAUGGCUCUUCUAAAUUGGAAAACCAGCCUUCACAACAAAAGCCAAUCUCUCUUGUCCUCGUGGGUUGGAACCAAUCCUUGCAAUUGGGUCGAAAUAAAUUGCGACCACUCUGGAAGCGUCACUCAUCUAAACCUUUCAAGUUAUGGUUUGAGAGUUACGCUUCACAAUCUCAACUUUCAAUCCUUGCCCAAUCUACUCAGUCUUAACCUUUCUUACAACUCACUAUCUGGAAUCAUUAACCCAAAUAUUUCUCAUCUCUCCAAACUCUCUCUUCUUGACCUUUCUGUUAAUCAAUUCACUGGGAGAAUUCCUUCUGAAAUAGGCAAAUUAACCAGCCUUCACAUCAUUGACCUUUCUGUCAACCGUAUGACUGGACUUAUUCCUCAAGACGUAGGAGCAUUAAUUUCUCUGAGUAAGCUUGAUUUCUCAUUUAACAAUCUCACGGGUGUCAUUCCUACUUCUCUUGGAAACUUAAGCAACCUAACCACUUUAUAUCUUCAUACGACUCAACUUUCUGGUUCCAUCCCUCAAGAAUUAGGAAUGCUAAGUUCUCUGAUUGACCUUAAGUUAACAACAAACAAUCUAAUAGAUGUCAUCCCUAUUUCUCUUGGAAACUUGAGCAAAUUGACCACUUUAUAUCUUUUUGAAAAUCAACUUUCUGGUUCCAUCCCUCAAGAAUUAGGAAUGCUAAGUUCUCUGACUGACCUUGAUUUAUCAAUAAACAAUCUAAUAGGUGUCAUCCCUACUUCUCUUAGAAACUUGAGCAAAUUGACUACUUUAGAUCUUUCUAUAAACCAACUUUCUAGUUCCAUCCCUCAAGAAUUAGAAAUGUUAAGUACUUUGACUGACCUUUUGUUAUCAAUAAACAAUCUCACGGGUGUCAUCCCUACUUCUCUUGGAAACUUAAGCAGUCUAACCACUUUAUAUCUUCAUACGAAUCAACUUUCUGGUUCCAUCCCUCAAGAAUUAGGAAUGCUAAGUUCUUUGAUUGACCUUGAGUUAUCAUCAAACAAUCUCACGGGUGUCAUCCCUACUUCUCUUGGAAACUUAAGCAAUCUAACUACUUUAUAUCUUCAUUCGAAUCAACUUUCUGGUUCCAUCCCUCAAGAAUUAGGAAUGCUAAGUUCUCUGACUGACCUUGAGUUAUUAGUAAACAAUCUCACGGGUGUCAUCCCUACUUCUUUUGGAAACUUAAGCAACCUAACCAUUUUAUAUCUUGAUGAGAACCAAUUUUCUGGUUCCAUCCCACAAGAAUUAGGAAUGCUAAGUUCUUUGACUAACCUUGGGUUAUCAGAAAACAAUCUUACAGGUGUUAUCCCUACUUCAUUUGGAAACUUAAGCAAACUAACCACUAUAUAUCUUCAUACGAAUCGACUUUCUGGUUCCUUCCUUCAAGAAUUUGGAAUUGUAAGUUCUCUAAGUGAUCUUAAGUUAUCAUUUUACAAUUUUGUAGGUAUAAUUUUUGCUUCUAUAGGAACCUUAACUAAGCUCACUUAUUUCAGAUUGUUCACUAAUAAGCUAAGUGAUCUCAUUUCAUUUGAACAGAACAAUUUUACGCAAUUGAAGGAGUUCCACAUAUUUGGAAACCAAUUCACCGGUCACUUGCCCGAAAAUGUGUGCAGUGGUGGAUUGCUUGAGAAUUUCACCGCAUAUGAUAAUUAUUUUAUUGGUUCAAUACCAAAAUCCUUGAGAAACUGCACAAGCCUCAAUAGAGUCCGACUUAAUGGAAAUCAACUUAUUGGAAAUAUAGGAGAAAGUUUUGGGAUAUACCCACGCUUAACAUACAUGGAGUUAAGUUAUAAUAAACUUUAUGGUGAGCUUUCAGCUAAUUGGGGGCAAUGUCAAAACUUGGCAAGCCUAAAAAUCUCUAACAAUGACAUUUCAGGUAGAUUACCUCUUGAGCUUGGAGAAGCAAGUCAAUUACAAGUGCUCAUCCUCUCCUCAAAUAAGAUACAUGGGAAAAUCCCCAAGGAAUUAGGUAAGUUGAAAUUUUUGUUAGGCCUUUAUCUAGAUGGUAACAAAUUUUCUGGACAAGUUCCUUACAAUUUCGAGAUGCUAUCAAAUCUGGAGCAACUUAAUCUCGCCAAUAAUAAUCUAAGUGGCCUUAUUCCUAACCUAGGGAAAUCAAAAACUUUCUAA